ACGGAAAGAUCGUUGCUAUUGCUAAUGGUAAGGUGAGUAGAUUGUCGCUGGUUGUGCUUGGAGUAGCCUCGACAGAGAAAGCAAAGCAUCUUGAGUUGGGUUUUCUUCAUCUUCUUCGCAAUGGCGGUACCGACUUCCCUUGAAUUUGCAUUCCUUCUAUUUUUGGCCUUUUCUUCUUCUAAUUGCGAUUAGUUGACUUUCUUCAUCACUGUCGCGACGAAAAUUCAUAAUUUGCUGCUACUGAAGCGAUCUUGUUUUCCAGUUUACGUGCUUUAUUGUUGAAUUUAGUUAAUGUUUUUCUUGAUAUUGAGAUCGGAGGCAUCAAAUUAAUAAUUGAUGGAGGAACGCCGGAGAGUUGGAGUGCCAUUUGCUGAAAUUGGGAUAUUUGUGUCUCAUUAUAGGCUGUGACUUUGGAGUCCUGCUACUGCUUGUCUUAUAGUGACACUUUCUUUCUUGAUGAAUGAAUGCAAUGGUGGAUUUCCACUCUACAGUUUUGAAGGGGUCAAAGUAGUUAGUUGCUCUAUACAAUAUAUUUAUGGCAUGAUCAUAUUAAAAUCAUUGUUUUUGAAAAAGAGAGUAUAUUAGAAGCAUGUAUGAUAGAAACAACAAAAUACUUUUUUGUGCAAGUGAGAUUGAUGGCGUGGGAAAAUUGCAUUCCAUGUUGGAACUUGGAGGAAGUGAGAGAGUGAAUAUGCAUCGAAGAUGCCCUGUUCACUCAAAGUAAAUUACGGUGUGGUGGUUAUCCAUUGCUAGGUGCAAGCUGUAAAGCACAGGGGAAAGCUAGCAGGCUCUGGCUCAGUUCAUUUAAUACGAAUUACUUGGCUCUGCUCAUGUAUUGCAUAGAAAUUGCUUCUUCCUUAGAUAACAGUCUAUGUUGACAUGUUAUCCAUGGAGAUUGAUCUUGAGCUACCUAUAUGUGAGCACCAGAAGCUCAAUACUGGAUCCAACAGAAAUGAUGUUGCUAAUACCGCAUGUAGUAUACAUGUUGAGGAGCAAAGCAUCAAUCCUUCUUCAACGACUGAACACUAUAAGGAAGUUUUAAGUGAAAAUGCUUUCUGUUGCCUGGAUCAGGUAGAUUUGAAUUCCAAUCAAGUGGAUGCUAUUGAUAAAUUCCGCUUUAAAGAACCACAGAAUGGCUUGGAAUUUGAAUCAAAGGAGGCUGCCUAUUCUUUCUACAGAGAAUAUGCUCAUUCAGUGGGAUUUGGGAUCACAAUAAAAGCCAGUCGCCGCUCAAAAAAGUCGGGUAAAUUUAUUGAUAUUAAAAUUGCCUGUUCCAGAUUUGGAAGUAAGCGUGAGUCCGGUACAACUGUUAAUCCACGACCAUGUAUAAAGACAGACUGUAAGGCUGGUAUCCAUAUGAAGAAGAAGCUAGAUGGUAACUGGAUCAUAUACCAUUUUGUAAAAGAGCACAAUCAUGAGAUCUGUCCAGAUGAUUUUUUCAGGGGACGCAGCAAACAGACAAGUGAUGUAACUUGUCAGAAGAAGGGUAUGCAAUUGGCACUAAAUGAGGAAGAUGUGCACGUGAUGAUUGAAUAUUUUGUGUCAAUGCAGGGUGAAAAUCCCAACUUCUUCCAUGCAAUAGACCUGGAUCACAAUAGACAUUUGAGAAGUGUAUUUUGGGUUGACUCAAAAGGCAGACUUGAUUAUCAAUACUUUCAUGAUAUUGUUUUGAUUGACACAUUUUACAUGAAAAACAAAUAUAAAAUUCCUUUUGUUCCUGUUGUGGGGGUCAACCAUCACUUUCAGUACAUUUUAAUUGGAUGUGCACUGGUUGGGGAGGAGACUGUUUCAGCUUUUACAUGGUUAAUGCGAACAUGGCUCAAAGCAAUGGGUAACCAACCACCAAAGGUGGUUAUCACAGACCAAGAGAAAUUCUUGAAAGAAGCUGUUGUAGAGGUGUUUCCAGACACACGUCAUUGCUUCUGUCUAUGGCAUAUUUUAUGUAAAAUCACCAAGAAUUUGGAUUAUAUUGUAAAUGAAAAUAACAAUUUUAUGGAAAAUUUUGACAAAUGUAUUCAUCAUUCCUUUUCGGAUGAGCAGUUUGGAAAGAGAUGGUGGAAAUUGAUCAAUAGAUUUGAACUAAAGGAUGAUGAAUGGGUUCAGUCAUUGUAUGAAGAUCGUAAAAAGUGGGUACCCACAUACAUGCAAGAUAUUUCUUUGGCUGGAUUGUCAACAACUGUAAGGUCAGAAAGUAUAUCAUCGUCUUUUGACAAGUAUAUUUGUGUUGAUUCUACCUUUAAGGAGUUUAUUGAACAGUAUAAAGUUUUCUCUUCAGACAGUUUUGACAUGGAAACCAAAGCUGACUUUGAAACAAGACAAAAGCAACCAGCAUUAAGAUCUUUAUUGCCUUUUGAGAAGCAGGUUUCUACAGUUUAUACAGAUGCCAUAUUUAGAAAAUUUCAGUUGGAGAUACUGGGAAUGAUGUCUUGUCAUCUUGAGAAGGAAACAGAAGACAUGGCAUAUGUAACAUUUCUUGUUGAUGAUUUUGAGGAGCGGAAGAAAUUUAUUGUUUCUUGGAAUGAAGCAGAUUUGGAUGUCUGUUGUUCUUGUCAUUUAUUUCAAUACAAAGGUUUUCUAUGUAGACAUGCUAUACUUGUCAUUCAGAAGUCCGGCAUGACCAACAUUCCAUCCCAUUAUAUUUUGAAACGAUGGACAAAAGAUGCUAAGGCCAAUCAAUUUUCUGGUGACAUAAUUAGCAGGACUGCUAAUCGAGUCCAACGUUUUAAUGACCUUUGUAGGCGGGCUAUUAUAUUAAGUGAAAUUGGGUCUUUAUCUGAAGAUACUUAUAUUGUUGCAUCUCAUGCUUUGGAAGAAGUCUAUAAGCAUUGUGUGAAUGCCAACAAUUCUGCUAGAAGCACUUCAGAUCCCCACAAGUUGGCCCUUAAUGAUUUUAUUGAUGUUGAAGAGAACUAUGGUUGCCAUAAGGCAAAGUCUACUAAGAAAAGGAAGUCAUCUAAUAAACAGAAAUUGUCUGAUCCAGAAAGAAUCAAUAUCAAGAUGCCCGAUGAUUUCGAAAAGAGGGAACAGAGAAAUUCAAGAGGACAAAACUUUGAUAAUUGUCACAUUUCUCAGCAUGACACACAAACAGUGGACUUGGAUUCUAGAGCUUCAACUCUUGAUAGCUGUUAUGAGGCAGAACAGAACAUACUUGGAGACGCACAGCUGAACCCAGUUUCUGUCAUGCAUGCUGGCUAUUUUACCAGUCAACAGGCCAUUCUGGGGCUGGGGCAAUUGCAUUCCAUGUCAAACCGUGGGUCACAUUAUGGGAUGCAGCACAGCAUGCAAGGACUGCAACACGGACAGCUUAAUUUCAGAAUGCCAACAGUGCAAGGGUGUUUUGACCUUCAAGAUACUCUAGAUGUUAUGGAACAACCUAUUAGGGCCUCACAGUUCCCUGUUAUUACAUCAAAGCAACUAGAUGUUGAUAAAUCACUUUCCUGAUAGCCGGAAAAGUACUGUUUCUUUUUGUGUCAAAUUAUAACGUUAUAUGUAUAUAGAAAAUAUAUAUUGAAGUAAUUAAGAAAGCCUUUGCUUGGGAAAGUAGGGGAAAAUUGCGCUCUUGACAACAGGUUAAUGCCAAAAAUCUGAGAAAAAGAUGGCUUCCACUCUGCACCUUCGUCUACCUAAAAGGCUUACACUCUGCUCGAUCAUAAAAAGCUUGAACGUAGUUUAGUUAGAUCCGGGAGCGUACGAAUUGCGCUGGCACCAUUUAAAACAACCCUCACAAAGAAAAGAGGGUUACCACUCACUUCCUCCGCGGCUCUAUGCCCAAAGCAUCUAGUUGGGAAGGAUUUUAAUGGAGGUGUUCGAACUGCAACUGCACACUGGCUGAGGCAUGUGCUACAAGCAAUAUCCGAUUGGAAACCAGAAAGGAAGCAAACGGGGAAGGCAUGCCAAGGAUGUCUUACGUACAAAUGGUACACUAUCACUUCCUAGUUAGGCAAAUCACUACAAUUGCAUCAUAAAAUUAGGAGAAAUUAAGUGUAGUUUCUUAUAUUUUUAAGUGUUGUUUUACAGUCAAAAUCAGAGUUUCCUUUUGAUCAAAAGUCAACAUUUAAAGUUGUUGGUUAUCGAGGUGAAUUUAUUUUAACGGGAAAACAACACUAAAAAUAUUUAAGGAAUGUACUAAGUUUUGUGCCAUUGCAUGAAGUAGAGUACCGAAGUACUGCAAGACCCAGCGAAGAGGUCCAGUUUGGUAAGUG